AUGUCAGAAGAGGAUUUGCUAGCCACCUUCACAUGGCUUCAUUUCAUUGUAGCAUUGCAUGUCAGUUUAGCUAUAAGUUUAUGCAUUUUCACAGUGAUAGGUUAUGUAGUCAGCAUCACUCCAAUGGCUCUCAUUGUGCUAUUCAUUUUCCAAGUAUUUAUAGCAUUUCUUGGUCUUACAGCUAUAAGUCAAAAUCGUCAAGAUUUUCAAUCAUUGUAUGUAUUUAUAAAUGCUGUAACUGCUGGAUCAGCCAUUAUUUGGUCAAUUUUCAUUCUUUUGAGUAGUAGUCAUUAUUCACACUAUUUACUUAUCUUACUUCUCCUUAUUGCGCUUUAUUCGAUUCUGACAACAACUAUACUAGUAUUUUGGGCGCAUAAAAAGGUACCACAGCCAUUACACAAAUUGAUAACAUUAAAUGUCGUGAGUGUUUUCUCAGUAAUUAAAUUACCACAAGGCGAUAAUGAUGUGAAGUUGGAAACAAACAAUCUCCAUAAUAAAUUUCACAAAAGUAAGUCACUGGUGAAAAUGAAAGAAGUUGAUUCUAAUGAAACCCUACAUGGAAAUUGCAAGAGUUAG